UCGCUCUGCGAGAGCCGUGGCCGGCCAUCGGAAAUCGGCUACUAGGGUCUGUUUCCCCGCCGCCGCGCGCGCUUUGACCAAGGGCGGACUGGGCUGGAGCUCCCGCGCGCAGUGUGAGUGAUGCUCUCCCGGCUGCUUCCGCGUUGGGCGCUUUCACCCUGGCCGUCCCGAGCGCGGCCACCUUCUUUUUCCUCACUCCGUCUCCUUCCUCCAUUUCUGGGAUGGGUUUCCUUUAGGGCUUCUGUACUUGUUCUUGAGUCCUCAUAUCGUGGGGACGCUGUCGUGGAAGCCUCACUCAGGAGUGCAGUUCCCGCGAAGACCCCACUGGGGUGACUCCUCAACUCUGCCACCAUGAACGGGGUCGUCAUCCCCCAAACGCCCAUUGCUGUGGACUUUUGGAGACUGCGCCGUGCUGGUAACGCGCGACUCUUCUUCUUAUCCCACAUGCACUGUGACCACACGGUGGGCCUGUCUAGCACUUGGGCACGACCCGUCUACUGCUCUCCCAUCACGGCCCACCUCUUGCAUCGUCGCCUGCAGGUGUCUAAGCAGUGGAUCCGAGCCCUGGAAGUUGGUGAGAGCCAUGUAUUACCUCUGGAUGAAAUUGGACACGAAACCAUGACUGUAACCCUCAUAGAUGCCAAUCACUGCCCUGGUUCUGUCAUGUUUCUCUUUGAAGGAUACUUUGGAACAAUUCUCUACACAGGCGAUUUUCGAUAUACACCAUCCAUGUUGAAGGAGCCUGCUCUGACACUGGGGAAACAGAUUCACACUUUAUAUCUAGACAAUACUAAUUGCAGUCCAGCCCUGGUUCUUCCUUCCCGACAAGAAGCCACUAAGCAGAUUGUCCAGCUAAUCCGACAGUUUCCGCAACACAAUAUAAAGAUUGGACUCUAUAGUCUAGGAAAAGAAUCACUGCUAGAGCAACUAGCCCUUGAGUUUCGGACCUGGGUGGUUUUGAGUCCUCAACGCCUGGAGUUGGUGCAGUUGCUGGGCCUGGCAGACGUGUUCACAGUUGAAGAAAAAGCUGGACGCAUCCAUGCUGUGGACCAUAAGGAGAUCUGCCAUUCUGCCAUGCUUCAGUGGAACCAGAUUCACCCUACCAUUGCUAUUUUCCCCACAAGCCGGAAAAUACGCAUCCCUCACCCCAGCAUCUACACCAUCCCUUACUCUGACCACUCAUCCUACUCUGAGCUUCGUGCUUUUGUUGCAGCUCUGAGGCCUUGUCAGGUGGUGCCCAUAGUGCGUCGGCAGCCUUGUGGAGAGUUCUUUCAGGACAGCUUGAGUCCUAGGCUCUCUAUGCCUCUGAUUCCACACUCUGUGCAGCAAUACAUGAGUUCCUCCUCUAGGAAAACAAAUGUGCUUUGGCAGUUAGAAAGAAGGCUAAAGAGGCCAAGAACUCAGGGUGUUGUGUUUGAAUCCCUUGAGGAGAAAGCUAAUCAGGUUAAAGUUGACAGAGACUCAAAGAAGCACAAGAAAGAAAACCUCUCUCCCUGGUCUGGGGACCUUGAGAGCCUUCGCCCUCGUCCUCUGCAGGCCAGGAAGCAGUUGUUCCCAGAGCUCUGCAGGAAGGAAUGUGAUGAGCCGGUCCUCUUUUGUGACUCCAACAAGAUGGCGACUGUGUUGACUGCCCCAUUGGAAUUUUCAGUGCAGUUACAGCCUGUAGAUGAGUUUCUCUUUCCAGAAACCAGGGAGGAAAUUGAUUUAGGGUCCCCAUUGCUCUCAAGGGGAGGCAGUGGCUCACCAGUGAGAGGGAACCAAAGUGACUGCAUAGGCUGUGGUUCUCCACUGUCUCACAUUAACAGAGCUACUCAUCUAACUCCUGAGUCCAGGGGCCUGGCACUAAAAUACCUUCUUACUCCAGUGGAUUUUCUCCAGGCAGGGUUCUCUUCUAGGAACUUUGACAAGCAAGUGGAAAAACACCAGAGAGUACAGUAUACCAAUCCUGCCGUUUUGAACACGGUGGAUGAUGACUAGUGACAAGAGUUGGCUUGGUGCCUUCCUUUACAGAAUCCUGUGGCUCACCCUGAGUAGCUCUUCUGAAGCUUUUUACAAAGUCCUGAUGCCUAUGAAACCCUAAAAUUUUAUAGAACAUUAUAUUGUUUAUUUUAAUUUUAUUAUAUUUAAGAAACAAUUUUUAUUAUAAAAUAUUCAGUGUUCAUAAGCACAUUAAAAGUUCUAAGAAGUUCCAUAGCAA